AUGAAAGGAGUAGGCACCCCUGAGUACUACAGUGGAGGAGACUUGACCUUCAACCCUGAGACAGGUCUCUGGGAGUUCUCUGCCAAGACCUACAUUGAGAACUUGAUCCCCAAGCUUGAAGCACUCUACAAGAUCACAUUGAAAAACUAUGGAUCCCCCAUGAUGGAACCAGAAGAUCACCCCGAGUUGGAUGAGUCCCCCUACUUGGACAGCACCAGGGUUACCCAGUACCAGACGUUAGUUGGUUGUGGUCAGUGGGCAGUUACACUGGGGAGAAUUGACUUCCAGUACACUGUCAAUACCAUGGCUAGGUAUGAUAGGGAGCCCAGGGAAGGUCAUGAGUGUUAA